CGCAAUUUCUUUUCGCGCGAAAGGUAGAAAGUGCAGCCACGUAAUCCUUUGUACUAGACAACCUUUUUUUUUUUUUUUAGCUAGCUACGUGUAAAAGAUAACUAGCUAUAUUACUACACUACAGCGCAUCUUCGUUUAUAUUAAACUGCUUGAAAUUUGAUCAACUUGCCCGUUCGACUUUUAUCAGACGAGCGGCUGUCUCUUUUCUGUCUGCAAUUAUGGUCCGCUACUUUACAAGAUUGAGAGUGAGACGUAUCUACAAAUGGGGCGGAAGACCUUAUAUCUUCGACAGAAAAUUAAAGAGUUAUGGCUUUGAGUACUUGAACAUGAGCGUGGAGGGUCAGGAGGCAGUCACCACUGUAACACCUGGCCAGUACAUCCUCAUUGAGGGAAAUGAUGAUGAAUACCCCUUCGUUGCCAAGCUUCUCAAGUUCUUUGGCGAUGAGUCCCACAAGCAGAAGAAGGCGCUGGUGCAGUGGUUCUUGCGCUUGUCUGAGGUGCCCCAAAAUAAGAAGUUGUUGCUGGGCAGGAGCCCCCAUCCCCAGGAGAUCUUCUACUACCUGGGACGUGCCUGUGACAAUGAGAUCAACGCAGAAUCCAUCCUUGGCACUGUACAUGUCCAGCACGUCCCUGAAGAUACUCCUUUUCCAGAGCCUGGAACCAAGGACACCCUCUAUGUAAAGCUGUCCUGGGACACCAAGGCCUUCAAUGUCUUAGACCCUGUCCUGAUGCAGGAUACCCCUGCCUCAACCCCCCCCAAACCUGCUCUCCCUCUGUUUCCCCCCUGUGCUUCCCCUACGGCAACCCCUGUGUCUCGGGGCCCGGUGCGUCGUGCCCUGCCCACCCCAGACCCCACAGUGAUGAGGAGAGCAGGGUCUGUGUCUGACACUAGAGCCACCAUGAGCGCCGGGAAGAGGAGUACCCUUGAGGCAGAGUCGAUCCACUCUGCCUCCAAGCUCUCUGCCUCUAAAAUCCUGAGCGCCAAGAGGAGGGGCAGCGCUGCAGACACACCGGGUGUACGCAAGAAACUACAGCUCAGCAUCGGGGCUAGUCCAGGGAAGAAAAUGACCAGAGCAGAUGUCCUCUGUGAGCUCUUGGAUGAAGAGAUGGAGUCAGAGAAAGUUAUAUCCCUCAAACUGAGCUCCUCGGUUUCACACUCCCUCCAGCAUGGCUGCAGCCUUUCUCCCAUGAGAAGUGUCUGCAAGACCCCUAACGGCCAGAGGAGGUUCCCCUGGAAGCUCUCCUCGAUCAGCCUGGACAGACUGUCUCCUACUGCCCUGGGAGAACAGGACUUCUCCAGUGACCUGUUGCUGGCAGUGAUUCCCCUGGCCCUAGAGGAUGAGGUAUUUGAGGCAGGGUUACCUACAGACGCUGGCUCUGCCAACACUCCCAAGAAGAGACAGGCCACCCCCAGGAGGAACUAUGUUAGGGGACAGAAAGCUACCACCCCCUCCAGGAGGAAAGAGUCUGCCAUGGCCAUUAGAGAGCCUGCUCUGGGGGUGCUGGCGGAGGAGGACUCUGAGGAUUCUCCCAUGCAGCCGAUUGCCUUGACUCCUCGCUCCAAGAGGAAGUCAGCCCAGCUGGUGUCGUUACGCAUCAGGAAGCAGUUGAAUCUGUUGGACAAUACCCAAGAGCUGAUCUCCGAUGGCGACGAUGACUGUUUCGUUCCCUCCAAGAAGGACCUACAGAGCAGCAGCGAUGAAGAGAAGACUGUGAGUGAGGAAGAGACCAGAGGAAGAAAUUGCAAGACCUCUGUCAGGACCCCACACAAAACGCCCAGCAAGAAGGCCCUACAGAGCAGCACAGAUGAAGAGAAGAGUGAGGAAGAGACCGUGGUGAGGAAGACCAGAGGAAGAAAUGGCAAGACCUCCGCCAGGACCCCAUGCAAAACACCCAGCAAGAAGGUCACCCCAAGUACCCCCCGUCAUGCCACUCCCAGUAUUCCCAGCCGGACUGUUCCAGCCAGGCAGCCUGGGAACAUCCUGGAUGAGGCCAGGGCUAGGCUGCAUGUGUCGUCAGUACCAGAAUCUCUUCCCUGUAGGGAGCAGGAGUUCCAGGAUAUCUAUAAUUUUGUGGAGAGCAAGGUUAUGGAUGGGACUGGAGGGUGUAUGUACAUCUCUGGUGUUCCGGGAACUGGGAAAACCGCCACCAUCCACGAGGUUAUCCGGUGUCUACAGCACGCCUCUGAUAUGGAUGAAAUCCCUACCUUCCGAUUCAUCGAGAUCAACGGCAUGAAAAUGACCGACCCUCACCAAGCCUACGUCCAGAUUCUACAGAAACUGACGGACCAGAAGGUGACCGCUGACCACGCCGCAGCCCUAUUGGAGAAGAGGUUCAGUAACCCCGCCCCCAAGAAGGAGACCACCGUGCUACUGGUGGACGAGCUGGAUCUUCUGUGGACCAGGAAGCAGAAUGUCAUGUACAACCUGUUUGAUUGGCCGACAAGGCGCCACGCCCGCCUGGUGGUGCUGACCAUCGCCAACACCAUGGACCUUCCUGAGCGGAUCAUGAUCAACAGGGUGGCCAGCAGACUGGGCCUUACCAGGAUGUCGUUCCAGCCGUACAGCUUCAAGCAGCUGCAGCAGAUCAUCACGUCCAGACUGAACAAGGUCAAGGCCUUCGAGGAGGACGCUUUGCAGCUGGUCUCCAGAAAGGUGGCAGCGUUGUCAGGAGACGCCCGGCGCUGUCUGGACAUCUGUCGCCGCGCCACUGAGAUUUGCGAACACUCCGCCUCGCACCCGUCCUCCACGGGAUUGGUGAGAAUGAGUCAUGUGAUGGAGGCGCUGGAUGAGAUGUUCUCGUCCUCCUACAUCACGGCCAUUGGGUGUGCAUCCUUGCAGGAACAGCUCUUCCUGAGGGCGGUCAUUGCUGAGUUCAGGCGACUGGGACUGGAGGAGGCCACCUUCCAACAGGUGUUUGUGCAGCACCGGGCUCUGAGUCGUGUGGAGGGCCUGCAGCCCAUCAGUGUGUCCGAGGGUCUGGCCGUGUGUCAGCGUCUGGGUGCGUGUCGUCUGCUGCUGCUGGAGGCCAGCCGUCUAGACAUGCUACAGCGGGUCAGACUCAACGUCAGCCAGGAUGACGUGCUCUACGCACUCAAAGCUGUCAGAGACUGAGGACCACUGGAGGUCCUAAGGUACAGGGGGGAGGAUGAGGGUCUUUUUGGGGCCUAGAAGGGAACCUGCUCCAUCACUACCAGUGAACUUGGUCAGUUUGACUACAACUCAUCAGGACCACCGUUGGACCACACAGUCCCACGCCAAUACUACUGUACCACUCAGGACCGGGAAUCCCACUGACACCUUGUCUGUCCAUGCCGGGUCUUUUUAGAGGCUCAGUUUGGUUUGAUGCUGUCUUCUGAGAGGUUUUAGGAAAUCUUCUGUUUUAGUGUUCUUUUACAAAUGCUUUUCAAUGUCAUUGUUGUCAGCACAUAAUCUUUGGAAGCUCUUGAUGGGGAAACUGCAGUGCAUUUGAGUUCUGUCAUAAUUCAAGAACACAAAUCAUGAUUUCUAUUAUAUUGGUUUUACAUUUGUUUACUGAAAAUUGCCCUUGUUACAAAAGCAUAUUUAGAUCUGGUUUUAACUCAUUGUGUUGAUGGGAGGAGAGCCAACUUCCCAUCACAGUUAGCAAUUAGACUUUCCUCUUUAUCUGUAUUCAAUCAUUUUAAUGUUGCUCUUGUUGGUUUUAGGAUGUUCUUCAUUAUUGUUGUGUGAAUACUGUAUCUACAAAAGUAAUAAAGAUAUUUAAUAACAAUG